AAGAAGAAGAAAAUACCAUAAGCCAAAAUGUCAAAGAUACUGAAAACACAUAUACAUGGUCUAUUUGAGUCAUCAUAAAAAGAUAUAACCACUUGAAAUCUCCCUCCCAGAGUAAGAACUUCCAUACUUUGCUCUAGAUUUCUUGAGAAAAGAUGCAGCCGAUCUUCCAUGCGAUCCUUAAAAAUGACCUUCCAGCUUUUUUAGAGUUGGUAGAAGAUAGUGAAUCGUCUCUGGAGGAGAGAAACGAGGAAGAACACUUGAACAACACGGUUUUGCACAUGGCUGCAAAGUUUGGUCACCGAGAACUCGUCUCCAAGAUUAUUGAGCUCCGACCUUCCCUCGUGUCUUCCCGCAACGCAUACAGAAACACACCUUUGCAUCUUGCUGCUAUCCUUGGAGAUGUAAACAUAGUUAUGCAGAUGUUAGAGACUGGAUUGGAAGUGUGUUCUGCACGCAAUAUCAACAACCACACACCACUCCACUUGGCUUGCCGUAGCAAUUCCAUAGAGGCUGCCAGACUCAUCGCGGAAAAGACACAAUCAAUUGGCCUCGGUGAACUCAUUCUCGCCAUAUCAAGUGGAUCCACUAGUAUCGUAGGGACUAUACUGGAGAGAUUCCCAGACCUAGCUAGGGAAGAAGCUUGGGUGGUUGAAGACGGCUCACAAUCAACGCUACUGCAUCAUGCGUGUGAUAAGGGAGACUUUGAACUGACAACUAUAUUGUUAGGGCUCGAUCAAGGAUUAGAAGAAGCACUUAACCCCAAUGGUUUAUCACCUCUGCAUCUUGCGGUCCUCAGAGGCUCGGUUGUGAUCCUGGAGGAGUUCUUGGACAAGGUUCCAUUGUCUUUCAGCUCAAUCACGCCGUCGAAAGAGACAGUCUUUCAUCUCGCUGCUCGAAACAAAAAUAUGGAUGCCUUUGUUUUUAUGGCAGAGAGUUUGGGAAUUAACAGCCAAAUUCUUCUACAGCAAACCGAUGAAAGUGGCAACACUGUCUUACAUAUUGCUGCAUCCGUCUCUUUUGAUGCUCCUCUUAUACGUUACAUUGUUGGUAAGAAUAUAGUAGAUAUCACGUCCAAGAACAAGAUGGGUUUUGAAGCUUUUCAACUUCUCCCUCGAGAAGCCCAAGACUUUGAGUUGUUAUCAAGGUGGCUGAGAUUUGGUACCGAGACUUCACAAGAGCUGGAUUCUGAGAACAAUGUAGAACAACACGAAGGCUCUCAAGAGGUCGAGGUAAUACGGUUGCUAAGGAUUAUAGGAAUAAACACAUCAGAGAUAGCAGAGAGAAAGAGAAGCAAGGAACAGGAAGUGGAAAGAGGUCGUCAGAACUUGGAAUAUCAGAUGCAUAUAGAAGCAUUACAGAAUGCAAGAAAUACGAUUGCUAUAGUGGCAGUCUUGAUUGCUUCAGUUGCUUAUGCCGGUGGGAUAAACCCUCCGGGGGGCGUCUACCAAGACGGGCCAUGGAGAGGGAAAUCCUUAGUGGGGAAAACAACGGCGUUUAAGGUCUUUGCGAUAUGCAACAACAUCGCACUGUUCACGUCCUUGGGCAUCGUUAUUCUUCUUGUUAGCAUCAUACCUUACAAGAGGAAACCCUUAAAGAGAUUAUUGGUGGCCACGCAUAGGAUGAUGUGGGUUUCUGUAGGUUUCAUGGCGACGGCUUAUAUAGCGGCGUCUUGGGUGACCAUACCGCAUUAUCAUGGAACACAAUGGUUAUUUCCAGCAAUUGUAGCCGUUGCUGGUGGAGCGUUGACCGUACUCUUUUUCUAUCUCGGAGUUGAGACCAUCGGUCAUUGGUUUAAGAAGAUGAAUCGUGUAGGGGAUAAUAUACCUUCCUUUGCAAGAACCAGUUCAGAUUUAGCCGUCUCCGGAAAAUCAGGCUAUUUCACCUAUUAAGAAAAACUGGUUUUCUAAUUUCCCUGUAACCUGUGUAAUUGUGUAUGUGUAAAGUGUUGGAUUAAGUCUUUCUUAGGAACUGUGUUAUCUUGUAAAAAGAGACAUUGUUUUGUUCUUCAAGUCAGUGAGUGAAAUGUCUCGUUUGCUUUCUCC